GAACGGUGUUUGAACCGUCGGAGGAACAGCAGAAUUACAUAUCCACAUAGACAACUCAGGAAAGGCAAGACAGAAACAUCGGUCACAUAUUAAUUUGUCUUCAGUUCUGUGACCUCCUGCCGCCUACUGCCACACCCUACAGCGGAAUUAGCUCUGCUACGGAAAAUAAGGACGACUGUUAACAUUUAUUUUUAAAGUUUUUUUUUAAAUCAAUAGCUGUUUUGCAAUAUGAACCAGGAGUAAAUUAACGUAAUACUAUUAAGCUAUUUACGAGAACCAACACUAUUUUAGUGUCUACAGUCGGUGUAUGUCUUCACGUGUUUGUGCGUUGGACUUUGAUAUUCACGGAACUUUUAAUAGUUCCUGGCCGUAGUUCUCCACUUUUUUUCCUCUUCUGCGUUCAAAGUGAGCUGUUGUCAUGCAUAUUAAAGAGAAAACGAUAUCAAUUUUAAAGCGGUUUGAUAUUCGGAACAAAUUGUCCUAUCUGCCGGUGCUGCCCAAAGCCUCGGUUCUGAUCCCACUUUUUGUAAGGCAUGGACGGCUGCACACAUUGUUGACUCUGCGAUCAAAGGAGUUGAGGACCUCUGCUGGUGAGGUGUGCUUCCCAGGUGGGAAGAGAGACCCCAGAGACAGAGAUGACGUCGACACAGCUCUAAGGGAGGCGGAGGAGGAGAUAGGUCUACCCCCUGAUGGUGUUGAGGUGGUGUGCAGACUGUUCCCUAUCAUCAAUAAGAGCGGCCUAUUAGUGACCCCAGUGGUUGGCUUCAUAGAGGAGUCCUUCUGUCCCAGUCCAAACCCUGCUGAGGUCAGUGCAGUGUUCACAGUCCCUCUGGACUUCUUCACCAGCGAGAAGGACCACUAUGCCGCCCAUGGAGCUGCAGGGAUGGUGGGGCCGUUGCACUCUUUCUACUUUAUGGACUCUGAUUCAGGAAUCCAGUAUCACAUAUGGGGGCUGACUGCCAUGUUGGCCAUCUUGGUUGCCACCAUUGCUCUUAGGAAAACUCCUGAAUUUGAAGUUAGUUUUGACUCAGAGGAUCCGAUAUCAUUUUUCCAACAGGUUCUACAAAGACGACUCAGUAAACUCUGACACCCUGGGAUUUUAAUGUAUUAACAGAGAAUCAGGGUGCAAUGAGGGACUUCACUAACUUGUUGUUUGAAAGCAUUAACUGAAAAAAUGUUUAAAUAAAUUUUAUUAGUGUAGAAGGGGAUGUAAAGAAGCAACUAAAGACACAUCAGUUUUUAUUAAUUCAUUUAAUGUAGCAGCAGGAUUACGGAUAUAAACAAAAGAGUAUACAAAUUUCCAGACCAAGGCAAAGUACAUGUUAAUAAUAAUUCAGAUGUAUGAUAACACACUGGGGUUGACCUUUAUUCUGACUGCAGGGUCUUAAGGCUAGAUACUUAAGCUCAAGCUACACAGAACGGAUACAACAGAACUUUUUGAGGAUGUGAAAUAGAAAGCGAACUACGAAAAGUGAGCAAACUGAUUACACACAAGAUACAGCUCACACUAUUGGCAAUUGACAGUUAAUUUAUCAUGGUUGCUCCUUUUGAUCAAGCAUUUCACAGCAACAAUAGUAAUGUUGACAAGCACAUCAACACAAGAAAGCUCUCCUCAAAAAACAAUCUCCUCCGUCUCGUCCCUUUUACCUCACAUGUACAAAUCUCAAGAGGCAUGAAAAACACUUUCAACAGAAAAUAAAGUUGACAGUUUCGCUGGUGAAGCUGCACAGUAUAACGCUGAGAGAACUCACUCUGAUAUCUUGCAAUGGCUCUCCAAGAGUUAGAACUGAAAUAUGUUGGUAUGAGCUAUGGAAAUGUUUCGAAAUGAAAUAGAAUUACCAAAAGUGUUAAGAUGUUAAACAGUCGAAAUGAAGAAAAAAUUGUACAAGCCAUACAGCAAUGACACAAAGGGACACUGGUAAACACAGCAGAGUAACAGUUAAGUUAUCAAGGCACACAAAGUUCUGUUGAAAGCAUCACAAUUGAAGUUCGAGAUACCCCUGCAGUAUACUUCACAUUUAAAUAUACAUGGAUAUUCAUUUACACGACUCAAGGACAAAACGGAUAUUGUGUAAAGUUUUGUGUGCUAUCUUCACCAUUAAAUUCAUGUUUCACCAUGUUUUGUUCAAGUGGAAGUGGCUAUUUGAAGAGUCAGACUGAGCAUCCUAGAUUGCUCAAAAUGAAAGGACCGGACACACACACAAAAAAAAGGAUACAAAUUACACCACAAUCCACCACAAAACAAUCUGACAAAUGUACGGUGAUACAAAUGACAGUUGGCGACACACCAUGAUUCCCCUCUGCCUCAAAUAUGUUCACUCAAACUAAUUGGUCCGAUGUUCGAUGUAGAGCAAGCUCUAUGUCCACACCAUGAGGUAAAAUUUACAUUCAUGAAACUGAAGUCACAGGUUGGCUUUCUGUGUCGGUAUGGCUUUAAGAGGCAAAACUAUUCUGCACUUCUUCUGCAACAUCAUGUGCUCUUAAACUUCCCUAACCACGAGGGAUGGAAUGCUUGGAAACAUCACUACUGCGCUCUAACCAGACCUACAGUUAAUGGAUGAGUCAAAGUGCCAUUUGAGAUGCAUGACAUCAAAAACAAAAGAAGUGAAAUCAAAAACACACGCACAGCAACACACAUGUAAGAAACAUAGCCCAUGCUUAGUCUUAAACAGGUUGGGGAAAGGAAAUAUUAAAACAGCGUAAUGUUCUAACAUUCUGCUCGAUGUUAAUUUGAUGACAUUUCUAAUUUCAGUCACACACUUAACAAUUCAACCUGCGCUUCAUUUCAUGAAAACAAACCAGCAAUGAUAUUGUGUGCUAUGGGCUUCAACCUAAAAGUACAGUUUAUACAAAAAUACUCUACAUUUCGAUACAUGGAUACAAAAUUCUAAAAAAGAUAAGUUACUUUAAAAUGGAUCACUAAGAGCUGCAGGAAAAAAUAGCAUGACUAUGAAAAUGUAAACAAAUGUGUAUGAGCAAUGCUAAUCUAACAUCUGAAUUAUCCUCAAAAAAUUGGCUUUCUGAUAGUGCCAAAUUGGCUACAGUUGCAGAUAUGGAAAGUACAUCAGUGUUAUUUUGCAUCAAAAAAUAGAGUAAUGAGAAAAUAUCAAAUUGUUGGAAAUGUUAGAGAGUAACUGAUCCAUGAAACAAAGUACCAUACAUAUCUUUUAUAAAUCUUGUACUUAAAACAACAUGCUGAAACGCAAUUCAUGUAAGAGCGGCGAAAUUUAAAAUGAGAAAGUACAAAUGAGUAAACAUUAUAAGGGCAUUUGAUAGGACAAGUAUGAGACAAGAUGACGGCAUUUUCACAACAGGAGCUUUGGUAUGUCUGGGUGCUCUCCAGUCUGACCCCACAACAACAGCCAGCUCAAGACUCAACUCUGCCUCCGUGCUAGUUAAUAAUGUCAGUGCUGUUGAUAUAGAAGUAGAAACUAUGACGUAAGAACAUCAAAUCAGAAGUGCUCGUCACUCCUGUACAUAGCACCAAAGAUAGAUCAUAAUGGCGGCCUCUAUGUAACAGAGAUUUCAAAAACCAGUGAGCCCCCUGUUCACAACACAAGGGACAGGUACUGGUUGCCAACUUCACAUGGCGCCAGCCUGCACACGGUACCAACACUGAGACAAAAACUUAAAUAUCAAACACAACACAAGGUAAAACAGUCUCAAGUGACAGACUGAACAGUAAAUAGUACAAAUAGCAAUACAAUGAAAAUCCUUCAUUCCAAAUUCACAAACUAAAUUAAUCAGUAUUUUAGGUGUCAGUGUGUAACACACAGAGGCCUGCUAACCACUCCAACACUGAAAAAUGACAAUGCUUUAGCAGUAAUGGUGUUUUCUUUUUUAGUUUGAUGGACUCAACUGGACCACUGAGACUGAAUACAAAGAGGAAUUCAACAGUGAGCAGACAUUUCUAUAUAAAGUUGUCCUAAACUUCAAAAAUAUUCAGACAUGACAAAAUGUAAAAAUGCUUUGUUAUGAUGUAUUAACCUUUACAAAGAUGACUGCUUUGUGGGGUUUUUCUGUUUUUUUCUGUUUUUUUUUUUUUUUUUACUGGACGUUUCCAAGUACAAAUCAGCUGGGUCAGUAGAGAGCUGUGGACGGAUAUAAGGAUUAGCUAGAGGUUAUAAAGUGCUUAAGAUAAAAUGUUUAUAAAA